GCGUGAUAUCAACUGGCCGCGUUGAUUGAGCCAGCAGUAACUGCUGACAUACUACUAGUUCAACAUUCUAUACCUUGUGCUCCAGACAGCUGGAAGCUGAGUGUCGUCCAAAGAUCAGCAAGGCGGGCCCAUCUGCAAUCUGGGGUUGCAGAUCGAGGGCUAAGGAUCAGGCUGGGGCGAUUUGCGGCGAUCAAUAACCCACCUUUAUUUGACUACUGUUGUACGCUUGUUGCCUGGAUGCAACAGUCUCGACAAGCGGCGAUGCCCAAGACUCCCAGGCACCCACCUAGUACCUGGAGACCUCCUCGCCUGUCACUUCUUUGCAGCUGUUGAAAGACUCCUCUUCCACGUUGGUGGCAGUGGUGGUACAACAAGAGAUAGUAGUCCCUUAGCCUCGUAGCCACCACUGGCUGACCUUCGCAAAAAAGGCUAGGCUUUCACCAUGAGGCCCUUCAUACGUCUGUAUGAUGAUUCCGACCGCGACGCAAUGGUCCACGUUGUUUGUUUCUAGACCUAUGUCUACGGGGGCCUGGCUCUCUGACAUUGGUGUCGUUCUAGUUUCGCGAAACGGCAUCGCCAGAUCUGCGAGACGCAGCUGAUCCCGCGGUCCUCGAUUAUGCCUCAUAUAUCUGGUGUCGACCAUAUUUGAUGUUGCGGCCGGACACUUGCCUCGUCCUUGACGACGGCACGGGUCAUGCAGUUGGCUACCUGCUGGGCGUGCCAGACACAUACUCGUUUGUGCAGGCGUACAAAGCAAUCUACAUACCGAACCUCUGGUCUCAGGGAUUCGAGCAGCCUGGUCAUGAAGAUUCCACAGAGUGGACGGAAAACUUGCCGAAUGCUUUAAGGAAGAUUAUGUUUAGUCCGGAUAUGCUACUCCAUCAAGAAUACCCUGAAAUGCUCCAGCAGCGGCCGGCUCAUCUUCAUAUUGACAUUCUACCUGGAUAUCAAAAACAAGGGUAUGGCCGGCAAUUGAUUGAGCGCUUCUGCGAAACAGCAGGCGAAAAGGGCGCCCGUGGUGUGCAUCUGGGGAUGGUGGCUUCGAAUGACGGUGCCGGCCAGUUUUACCGCCGGAUGGGAUUUAAAAGGUUCCCUCGUGUGCUGGACGGUAGCGCCAGUGGUGAACAGGGCCGGGACCAGUCGACUAUAUGGCUCGUAAAAGACCUGUGAGAGCACCAUAGAACGGGAAACAACCCAGAUUUGUAUCAAAACUUGUCUCAAAACCAGUAGAACUCCAAAGGAUAUCAUUCGCAUUCGUUUCAACCAACAAAUGGCUGUCGCUGGCUCUGUAAUAAUUUAAACAUAUACAAAUGGUC